AUGACCACUGAGCUACCCCAUCCGGGGCCAAUCUCUUCAAAUUCAUCUAACGGGGGAGGUUCUGGGGAGGUUUGCCUUGAAGCGCACGAGCCGAUUUUGGUGAAAAAUGUAUUAGAGUUCUUGUACAAGGGCAGAUACACCGGCGGAUCUGGCAAUUCCGUUCAAGAUUUUACCGACAGCUUACCGUACUUCCAUGCGCGAAUGUUCGCCGAGGCUGUUGACUUGGAGAUUGAUGAACUCAAAAUGGAUGCCAUAGGACUGAUCUUCGUCUCGCUCAGGAACGACGUCAACCGACAGUCCAUCGCCUACCUAAUUCAUGAAAUAUACUCAAAUAGGGUUAACUACCACGAGGUCAAAGAAGCCUUGCUCAGUUUUAUACUCGACGAGCUGAUUGAUUUUCCAAACUGGAACUGGGACUGGAUUGUGGAUCCCCUUGAAUCUUUGUUGGAAUUCGGGAGAGAUAUGUGCCUGGCUCUUGUGCUCAGAGGCAAACUGGAUUCUCUGCGAUAA